ACCUGGCCGCAGGGAGGGAUCGCGCGUGGGGAAGGCUCGGGCCCCUCCACGCACCUGCCCCGCGGGGACGCUUCCGCCUCCCGGGAUCCCGCGGAUCGACCUCCCGCCCUGCGCCGCCGCGUCCCGGGGGCACCUGGCGGGGUAGACCGCGGACCCACUCGGCUGCUGGGGCGGAGGCGCGGGAGAGGCUGGCCUCCAGGCACCAACUUGGGGCCGCCUCUAGGUGCGUCUCCAGGUAAGGACUCGGCGGCUGGGAACUUCUCAUCCGCUCCGCACACGGCAGGUGUUUCAGAGGCUUGGUGAACGCUUCGGGAGGCCACGUUUAAAAAAAAAAAAAAAAAAAAGUUACUUUAAACAGUCUUCGAGAUUCCGCAGAAAGAACCCCCAGGCAAAGACCGUGGCGACCUCAGAUUUAUAGGAAAUGCACAGAUACGGCAUGGUUGUUCCUGUUCUUUCUCUUCUGGACUGGUUUGUUGUAGGUAACAGCAGAAAAAGACUCACUCAAGUUCUUAAAAGAUCAUGUUCAUGAAAUCAUCCAUUUCAGUUGGAGGCAUGCUGUUUCUUCAUGGUGUUCAUCAUGGGCUACUCAGUGGCGGCUGGCGCCACAGGAAGACUCCUCUUCGGCUACGACAGCUUUGGGAAUGUGUGUGGCAAGAAGAACUCCCCAGUAGAAGGGGCUCCUCUUUCAGGGCAGGAUAUGACUCAAAAGAAACACGUGUUUUUUAUGAAUUCCUGCAACCUGGAAGUCAGGGAUGUGAGGCUCGGUUCCACCGUUCUCUGUGUGUCCAGCUGUCCUGAAGAGCAGCUUGAUACCCUGGAAGAGGUCCAGCUCUUUGCAAACACCAGUGGGUCCUUCCUGUGUGUUUAUAAUUUGAAUUCCUUCAACUACACCCAGAUUCCAAAUGCAGACUUGCUGUGCCCCAGGCUACCAGUUCCUCCAAGCAAGUCUUUUCCCUUGUUUAAUCGAUGCAUCCCUCAAACUCCUGAGUGCUAUUCUCUGUUUGCAUCUGUUCUGAUCAAUGAUGUGGACUCCCUCCAUCGAAUUCUAAGUGGAAUAAUGUCAGGAAGAGACACGGUCCUCGGCCUCUGUAUCCUCGCCUUUGCCUUGUCUUUGGCUAUGAUGUUCACCUUCCGCUUCAUCACCACCCUUCUGGUUCACAUUUUCAUUGCACUGAUUGUUUUGGGAUUGUUGUUUGUCUGCGGUGUCUUGUGGUGGCUGUACUAUGACUAUACCAAUGACCUCAGCAUAGAACUGGACACAGAAAGGGAAAAUAUGAAGUGUCUGCUGGGAUUUGCUAUUGUCUCUACAGUCAUCACGGCAGUUCUACUCAUCUUGAUUUAUGUCCUCAGAAAGAGGAUCAAAUUGACAGUUGAACUUCUCCAAGUCACAAAUAAAGCCAUCAGCAGCUCUCCCUUCCUGCUGUUCCAGCCACUGUGGACAUUUACCAUCCUCAUUUUCUUCUGGGUCCUCUGGGUGGCUGUGCUCCUGAGCCUGGGGACUGCAGGAGCUGCACAGGUCAUUGAAGGUGGCCAAGUGGAAUAUAAGCCUCUUUCGGGCAUUCGGUAUAUGUGGUGGUACCAUUUAAUUGGCCUCAUCUGGACUAGUGAAUUCAUCCUUGCAUGCCAACAAAUGACCGUAGCUGGGACAGUGGUGACGUGUUAUUUUAACAGAAAUAAAAGUGACCCUCCUGAUCGCCCGAUCCUUUCAUCUCUCUCCAUUCUUUUCUGCUACCAUCAGGGAACAGUUGUCAAAGGGUCAUUGUUAAUCACUGCAGUGAGGAUUCCAAGAGCCGUUCUCAUGUACAUGUGUAACACUCUGAAAGAGAAGCAGGACAGUGCCUUGUCAAGGUGCGUGUCCCAGUGCUGCUGCUGCUGUUUCUGGUGUCUUGACAAGUGCCUGCGCCAUCUCAACCAGAAUGCAUACACUACAACUGCCAUUAAUGGGACAGAUUUUUGUACAUCAGCAAAAGAUGCGCUCAAACUCUUAUCCAAGAAUUCAAGUCAUUUUACAUCUGUUAACUGCUUUGGAGACUUCAUAAUUUUUCUAGGAAAGGUGUUAGUGGUGUGUUUCACAGUUUUUGGAGGACUGAUGGCAUUUAACUACCACCGUGUGCUUCAGGUGUGGGCAAUCCCACUGCUCUUGGUUGCUUUUUUUGCCUACUUAGUAGCCCACAGUUUUUUAUCUGUGUUUGAAACUGUGCUGGAUGCACUUUUCCUGUGUUUUGCUGUUGAUCUGGAAACAAAUGAUGGAUCCUCAGAAAAGCCCUACUUUAUGGACCAAGAGUUUUUGAAUUUUGUAAAAAGGAUCAACAAAUUAAACACAAGGGCACAGAGAGACAAGAGCUCAUUAACAAUCGAAGAGGGGACAGAACUCCGGCCAUUGUGAGAUAAGUGCCCAUCAGGUAUUUGCACCUGAAAAAGUUCCCUUCUCCUAAGAGCUGUGUGCAGAAUAAACGAUAAGGAAAAAAAAAAAAAAGAAUAAACGAUAAGGCCCAAUGUGGCCCCAGUUCUUCACCA